UGUGAUGUACAGCAGUUGUUAUUGGCAAACAACGGAGUUGUGCAUGCCGAGAAAAAUAUCAGCGAUACGGUACCGAUGAGUACCGACUGUAAUGUUACGGUGGCAAGUGCCUCCACAACAACAACAACAACAUUCCUUCAAAAUAACAACACCAGGAGUAGUAGUCACUCGACACGUCGAUCAUCUGACACCAGUAAACAAUGCCCUAUAAAGACAAACCUGGCUGUUGCUCAGAUCUCGCCAUAUCCUAGCGUGAAGCAACAACGCUCGUCAUCGAACCCGUCGCCUAAGCCAAUCUACGAUGUCUUUUUGGGUGGUAGUUGUGGUAAUACUGUUUGGAGGCGAGAUCAGGUGAUACCGUAUUUGGAGAAACGAGCAAUAACCUAUUACGAUCCACAACGGAGCGUUUGGAACGAACAUAUGAUCAACGAAGAAAGCGUCGCCAAAGAGAAUUCAAGCUUGUUCUUGUUCGUACUCGAUCCGGCAACUGUGAACGCGACAUCGUUUCUUGAGAUAGCGCAUUUCGCCGCUCGCAAGGCACCCAAACUUGUGGUGGUUUUCCUCGGUCGUUCAGAGUGGCGGGAUCGGGGUCAUCCACACGAUCUUCCCGAUAGGCGGAGAACGUGUGAUUUACUAGAUGCCAUUCUCGCUAUGCAUGAUGUUCCUGUACUUCAGUCCAUUCAGGAGGCAUUAAGCUAUAUAGAUGAAGUAAUAAUCGGUGAGAAGAGUUGGUCAGAGGCGUUGUGGAACCCAUUUCAAAGAUUGCCUUAUAUGAUGCUCACGGGACGACGUGCUCUGCGGCAGUCGGUUCAUCAUGUGCGAAGUGCGUGGCGAACCGUUGCAAAUGGCGUGAUUCGUUGGAAGGGUACUAAAUAUUUACUUAUAGGUGCAUGUGAAAUGUUAUUUGUAUUGGCAAUGCAUUUAUUUGUGCAAAGCCUUCCAUUAGUAUUACUGGUAUUACCGCUGCUGGCAUUAGAUGCUCUUUUUGGUUUAUUUUCGUUGAUCUGUUGGAGGUAUAGAUCGUUGAGUGCAGCGAAACGUCGUGCACAGUUGCUCGAGCAGCGAGCUCUGGCACGAUCCCCAGCAGUGCCCAUCCCAGGGCGUGCUUUUGUGCCUUGCGAUAUCAUCGCCCAACAUAUUCCGCUCAAUUGUUCCAAAUGUAAUGCCAAAUCACUGUCAUCAUCUAAUCACAACUCCAUUUCUGCACAAUUGUUAAAUACCCGAUCGUAUGAUAGCAAUGAUGUGGCAAGUCCGUUAAGAUGGAUGAUGAACUCGACUGCCUAUGAUAUAUUUCUUGGUUGUAGUUCCACAAAAAGCACUGAUCUCGAGUGGAUCACUCAAACUGCCGCACCGCAAUUACAUAAGAAAGGCAUAUCGUAUUGUUCAGAGUUGAUGAUUGAAAGACAAAAACGAUUACCAACACUCGAUAUGACAAAACGAAUUUUAUACCACAUCCCUUCCUGUGAAACAAUUCUUUCGGGUAUGGUCGAGGUUGCAUAUUUUUUGGGUCAUACAAAUUGGAGUGUAACAUUAUGCGUACCAAAGCGAGCAAAAAUGCUUGAUUCGUCAUGUGUGAAUGGUGAUGAGGAAAUGAAAAGAAACAUUGAAAGGCGUAAUGAAUGUUAUCGAAUGGCGUUUUGUUAUCUCAGGGAUAUGGCUGAAAGGAGGCACUGUGAGGUGUUCACACAUUUGGACGAUGCUCUUCAGUAUGUUAUCUCAUGUUCAAAAGACUAA